CGCUGAAGUAGCAGAUAGAGUGAGAGGGAGAGAGAGAAGUGCUGAGCGGGAGAGAGACUGAGCGAGCGAGCGAGUGGAACAACUGUAAACGGCUACGAAAAUGUCUGCGACAAUUGUGCAAAAAUCAACUGGAACUGCAAAUAUCGUUGGCAAUGCACACUAUUUCGAAUGCGAUGACAUAUUCCAAGGGGUUGUCAGUGAUAUGCAGCAACAGCAGCAGCAACAGCAUUCGGAUCACAUCCUGGAUGCCAGCAUGGAUCAGCACGUAAGCGAUAAGGAGCUGCUUCAUCAGCAGCAGCAGCAACAACAGCUACAGCAGCAGCAGCAUCAACAGCUCCUGCAGCAGCAUCAUCGCUUGCAUGGACCGUUAACUCGCACCAUCUCACAGCCGGCUCAGCGUCUCAGCCAGUUGGCUCAGCAGCAGCAGCAACAGCAGCACCAGCCGCCGGCAGUCGCAUCGCUGGUGACCAUCAUUGAGAAUCUGAGCAACAUAUCGUUGCACCGUAAAUUGGAGCGCACACAGUCGGAGCCGUUGCCACCCCAGCAGCCAAUGAAUACAUCGCGUUACAAGACGGAAUUGUGUCGUCCCUAUGAGGAGGCUGGCGAAUGCAAAUACGGCGAAAAAUGUCAAUUCGCCCAUGGCUACCAAGAGUUGCGCAAUUUGCAGCGUCAUCCCAAGUACAAGACCGAAUACUGUCGCACCUUUCACAGCGUCGGCUUCUGUCCUUAUGGGCCGCGCUGUCACUUUGUGCACAAUGCGGACGAGGCGCGUGCGCAGCAACAGCAGCAACAACAGCAGCAGCAGCAACAACAACAGCAGCAGCAACAGCAGGCUGGCAAGGCGUUCCAGAAGCCAACGCAACUCUCCAAUGGCAACACCAUUACUAACAACAACAACAACACAAACAUUACUCAAUACUUUUUACCGCUAAGUCCGCCACUGAGCAUGAGCACCGGCUCGGAUCGCGAAUCGCCGACCGGUUCGCUGUCGCUCUCGCCCACAAAUUCGCUAACAAAUUUUCCAUUCCACGAUGCGGCCGCCUAUUUGAGCAUGCCCAAUGCAUGCAACGGCGGCACCAAUGCCAAUGGGCAUGCCUCAUCGGCCUCGUCCACAUCGUCGGCGUGCGGCUUGGCGCCGGCCACGCCGCCCGAUAGCCCGAAUGCGCCCAUUUCGCCGGUGCAUACGCCGCCGCCGCCGACGUCGCAGUCGCAGUCGCAGUCGGUGCAGCAGGUGCAGCAGUUCGAGCGCAACAAUAAUAACAGCAACAACACCAACAACAACAGCAACAACAAUAAUAAUAGCAAAGGCAGCAACACUAAACAGCUGCUGCAGAAGAGCAUCAGCUCGCCGCUGCAACACGAGGAGGCGCCACGACUGCCCGUCUUCAAUCGCUUGAGUUCCACAACGGCUGCUUCCACAAUUCUAAUGCAAAAAUCUCAGACUAUUAAUCGAUAUCCGAUCAUUCCUCAAGAGAACUUCUUGUAAAUUUCAACAUUUCAAAUUCUAAUUUAUCCCUCUUCACUCUCCACGCCCACACACACACACAGACACAGCAUAGACAUAGACACACACGCAUCCCUCUCUUCUUUAGCCCAUUCUCUUGCUUUGACUGUCUCCCAUUCUCGCUCUUACUCUCAGUCACUUUCUGUUUUGUCUGUCUGUCCUUUCGCAAAUCUAUUGCCCCGACGACAAAAU